AAGACCAACAAAGACGUUAAAGUAAUUGGUGGUUCCAGUUUGAGUGGCGCAUUUGGAAGAAAAAGACAAGUUGCUUCAACGAAAUUAGUGGAUAAUUCAUACAGGUAGUACUAAGUUUGGUCUUCCCGCUAAACACACCAUACGUUCAUUUGGCGUCGUUUUCACCAUGUCGCAAAUCCCACCAGAGAUAUCUGGUGUACUAGUCCAAUUGCUGUCGGGUUUGGCUUCCACAGAUAACGCCAUACGUCAGCAGGCUGAACACACGCUCAACAAGGAGUGGACUAGGAAAGACCGCGUCGAUAUUCUUCUUGUUUGGCUUGCUCAGCAGGCUGCAACUGCGGCCGACGACAGCACCAAGGCCUUCUCAGCAGUGCUAUUUAGACGUUUUGCCAUCAAGUCGCCUUCUGAGCAGGGCUACUCCGUCACCGCAAGACAGAUUGACCACAUCAGCGAGCAGGCCAAGACGGAGGUGCGCAAUGUCCUAUUGCAAGGUUUCACUGCUCCCCAGUCCAAUAAUGUCAGACACAAGCUCGCCGACGCGGUCGCCGAGGUUGCAAAGGACGACUCGUUUGGCUGGCCAAACCUGCUGCCUACUAUCAUGCAGGCCACCACCAACCAAGAUCCCAGCUUUAGGGAGUCCGCUUUUAGAAUCAUAAGCACCACUCCCGCAAUAAUUACCAACUAUCAGCUCCAGGACACGCUCAAGAUGUUUCAUGUUGGUUUUGAGGAUGCCAGCGACGACGUGAGAAUUGCUGCGUGCUCUGCCUUCGUCGCGUUCUUUGAGAAUUUGCCCAAGUCGCAGUGGACCAAUCUCAGCUCUCUGCUGCCCAACUUACUUAACUCCCUGCCUAGGCUGCUGGAAAACGGCAAGGACACAGCACUGGCUUCUGUCCUGGAAAGUCUGAUUGAGCUGGUGGACCUCGCACCGAAGAUGUUCAAGCCUAUGUUCCCCACCAUCAUUGGUUUUUGCUCCGAGGUGGCUCAGAAUAAAUCUCUCGACUCUACGGCCAGACUGGCGGCUCUUGAGCUGCUCACAACCUUCUGCGAGACCUCGCCGAACAUGUGCAAGAGGGAAUCGUCAUAUGCCACUACGAUUGUGCUCGUGACUCUCAAACUGAUGACCGAGGUGUGCAUCGACGACGAGGACGCGUCAGAAUGGAACAACUCGGACGAAAUCGACAACGACGACGAAGAGGAUGAGUACAAUGCUGCAAGACAGUCUCUCGACAGAGCAGCUCUUAGACUUGGCGGCCAGUCCUUGGCUGGCCCGUUGUUCCAGUACCUGCCGCAGAUGAUCCAGUCCCAGGACUGGCACGAGAGACAGGCGGCAUUGAUGGCGCUCUCGUCUGCUGCUGAGGGGUGCAGAGAGGUACUUAUUGCCGAGAUCCCCAAGAUCCUCGACCUGAUCUUGCCCUCCUUGCAGGACAGUCAUCCACGAGUCCAGUACGCAUGCUGCAACGCUCUAGGCCAGAUGUCCACCGACUUUGCUGACGUCAUUCAGCGAACCUCGGGUGACCGCAUUUUGCCUGCGCUGAUCUCCAUGCUCACCACAAAGAACGUGCCACGGGUGCAGGCCCACGCUGCUGCUGCUCUUGUGAAUUUCUGCGAGGACGCUACGAAGGAGGUUCUGGAGCCAUAUCUGGACGAUUUGCUGACCAACCUGCUGACGCUGCUGCAGAGCGCUCCAAAGAGAUACGUCCAGGAGCAGGUGAUCACCACCAUUGCUAUUGUGGCAGACGCUGCAAAGACCAAGUUCAUCAAAUACUACGACACCCUGAUGCCGUUGUUGCUGGAGGUACUGAGAACCGACAUGGGUGAGGAGAACAGGCUGCUCAAGGCCAAGUCGAUUGAGUGCUCGGCACUGAUUGCUUUGGCGGUCGGCAAGGAAAAGUUCAUGCCGAACGCGCAGGAAAUCGUCCAGCUUUUUGCUCACAUCCAAAAUAACCUAAGCGGGGAAGACGAUCCGGCUAAGACGUAUUUGGAGCAAGGCUGGAGCAGGAUUUGCAAGCUGAUCGGAAAAGAUUUCAUUCCGUACUUGCCUGGUGUUCUGCCUCCGCUGUUGGAGGCUGCCAAAGCUGCACAGGACAUUUCGAUCGUGGACGAGGACGAGGUAGAUGAGCUCAACCAGAAUGAGGAAUUUGACGUUAUCCAGCUGGCCGGCAAACACAUUGCAGUGCACACGGCGAUUCUCGACGACAAGACGGCCGCGAUCGAGCUACUCAAAACUUACGCCGAAGUGCUGGGAGGAGACUUUUUCCCGUACGUGGAGGAUAUUGCAACCCAUAUUGUGAUACCUGGUCUUGAUUUCUAUUUGCACGACGGCGUGAGAGGCUCUUCCGCCCUGACCAUGCCUGCUUUGCUCCAGUGCACCAUUGAGGCCACCGGCUCUUCAACAUCGCCUCAGGCCACACAGCUGUGGACACAAAUGUUCGACAAGCUUGUGCACCAGCUGGGAACCGAUCCAGUUCCAGAACUACUUGUUGCGUACUACUACGCCAUCUCGAAGGGCUUGGAGCUGAUUGGCGCAAAUGUGCUGUCGGACGAGCAAAUCCUAGCUGCCGGAAACUCGAUUCAGACCAACCUGACCGAGAUCUACGAGAGAAUCAAGAGCAGAGAAAAUGCCGACGACGAGUACAACGAGGAGGUCCAGGAGGACGACGAGGAGUACACUGACGAAGAAUUGCUCGACGAGAUCACCAAGGGCAUCACCGCGAUGUUCAAGAGCACAAGAGAACGGUUCCUGCCGGCAUACCAGUCUCUGAUCCCGACUCUUGCCUCGUACCUGAAUGACGAAAACACCUCGCUGAGAUUGCUGGCGCUGUGCUCCGUUUCUGACCUUGUAGAGUACGCUGGUCCUCUGGCGUUCCAAUACAAGGACUUCUUUAUGAACCCUGUUGGCGAGUCGCUCACAUCUCCUCAGGCAAGUAUUAGACAGGCUGCCUCGCAUACCGUGGGUGCCUGCGCGCAAUACGGAAGAGACAACUUUAAAGAUUUCUGCAUUGCCACUCUGGGAUCGAUGCUGGCCAUGUGCAACGUCCCGGACUCGAAAGCAGAGGAGAACCUAUCUGCUACCGAGAACUCUAUCGCUGCCAUUGCCAAGGUGCUGCACUCCUUCGGCUCCAAUGUUCCAAAUGCCAAUGAGGUGGUGGAGAACUGGCUCAAGCUGAUGCCUGUGCUACAGGAUGAUGAAGCGGCACCGUAUGCUUAUAUGUUCCUUGCCGAGCUGAUUCAACAGCAGCAUCCAGCUGUCGCUGGCAUGAUCCCCAAAAUCGUGGACGAUGUGGUACAGGCGCUACUUUUCGGCUCGAUCUCCGGCAAGACCGCCGAGAAAGUCGUGGGAACCGUGAAACAGCUGCUGGGAACUUUGCCUCAGGACCAGGCCAUUGCUCUUUUGAAUAAAUACAACACGGAGGGAAAACAGGUGAUAAGCGAGUGGUUUGCAUAGAGUACCUGGUGAGUCGUAUAUAUUAAUCUUCAACAUUAAUUUGAUUUUGUAUUGAUAAGAUAUUCAUUUCGAAAAGCAAAGACUAAACCAAAAAAUAGUGAUAAAAUGCGAAUUUAAACAGCUUGGCGCUCCUCCGGCUUUGACUCCAAAUAUGGGAGAAAUUGCUGCAAAUCCAGCUCAACAGUGCCCUUCGGAAUUUUGGAGGGCUUGAUUGGAGAAGGAUGGAUUUUCAUGAAAUCUAGUAAUUGUCUGAACGAGCUUGAGCGUGCGUCAUCAAAAAGCUCCACAAAUUGUCUCACGAGAUUGCACAAAACAUCGCUCUGGUGAAUAAUGCUUGUGAUGUACUGGAUCUUUGGCUUACUAGACGAGUUUUCAAAGCCAACCAGGUUUGACAGCAUCUUCGAAGCAAUAGGUAUCAGGGUUAAGUCAUUAAGCAAAACCGUCUUCAUCAUCUUGAACAGACUAAGCAGCCCAAACUCCUUGUAAACAAGUAAGUAACUAAGAAGCGAGUCAAGCUGAUAGUGGUACAACAUAUUGCAAAACGAUCUGUCGUACAAAGACGAAGAGUCCACCAAUUCUGGGAACCUGCUAAAAUUGCCGCAGACUUUCAAGCUGCUGAGCGUAGCUGCCAGGUUCAGAUCAACAGACUUGUUUAGUAUCUUGUAAUCCAACCCAUGCUGUGACCUGAACAGAGCCAGCUGCGUAAAAGUUUUUUGCUUGAACUUAUUCAUCGUGUCAUCUUUGACCGCAGAUCUUUGUUCGGUUGAGAAUUUCAUUAAGCCAAGCUCAUCAUUGAACUCUCUCAAAAAAUUGUAAACUUUAGACUUCACAAUAGCACACAAAAGAACACAGUCCUGUAACACCCUAGUGCCCUUAACUCUAUGGCAAGGGCCGGAAUGAAGUGAAUUGAAGGCUGCUUUUGUUUGUGCCCGAACUUUCUUCAGCGAAUCGUCACCCAUGAUGAGAUUGUUCUCAAAAAUGAAAUUGGAUUUUCCUAACGGAGGAAUGUACUCGAAUCCAAACGGGUGCUUGAGCAACUCUGGAACUUUUGCAGAUUGACCAAUUAAACCAAAAAGCUCCUUGUUCAAGCUUGAUGAAAGUACAAACUGCACAGUCUCCAACAGUGCGUAAAUUGAUAAUCUGCUUCCCAUGUCGUUUAACAGCGCAGAAAGCUUCAAGAAGGACUCGAAAGUAUUCAGAUUGUAGUCGAUGUUCUUCAAGCUGACUUUCAAGUAAUUUAGUAAAUUUAACUCCUUUGGGUAAUCAAGCUUAAAGUUUUGGUCCACAAUCUCAAACAACAUCUUCAUGGUAGUCUCUGUGACUUCGUACGUGUAAGAGUCAUUUGUGAUGCCCAAACUUUCCUUGUAAUUGGAGUUAUUAAUGUUCAAAAGGAUCACGAGCAAAUCGUGAUCGUCGAUAUUAACUAGUGGAACAUUGGUGACAAUAAACUCACUAAUAUUUGCCAGCAAAUAAUAGCCCAUCUUUUGCAAAUUAGUGGUACUCCUUGAUUGCAAGUUGACGAUCUUGUGUAAGGUCUUCAACAGCGCUGGCCUGUGCAAAGAGUACAAUGAGACCAUCUCACUGUUUGCGUCAUUUUCCAGGUAAAGCUUCAACACCUCGUUGAGCUUCCCAAAAGACAUGUCAGAUUUGGCACAAAUAUGAUGUAUUUUUAGUAAUGCAUCGACACUUUGAGUAGCAACCCGUUGAUAGUUGUGAGGAAAUAAAAUGCCAAACAGGGUGCGCGAGUCCUUGUCUUCACACAGCGAGCUUUGUGCUAAAGUUUCACAGCGAUUGAAGUUCUCAAAAAGAGCGUGUAGGCCUCCGCUGGCUGUUAGAUGAGUUUGCGACUCUCCCGCAAAUAUGUGCGUGAACAUGGUGUAAGUGUCUUUUUCAGUGAACGAAGACAAGAGCGUAUCAAACAUAUGUUUGUUCAUUAGAUGCAUAGCAAUGAAAAGGGUGAAGUGUUGCUUGAUCAUGUUUUGCUCUGCAUGGUUGUAAUUUGGAGCCAGAACAAGAGUUUUCAAAAUCGGUUUGACAAGAUUGUACUGUUCAAGGCUCAGCAAAGAACCAAAGUUCCUGAACCCAAAGUUUGGGUGCGUUUGCUCUAGUUGGAAGUGAUACUUGAACAAGCCCAUAGCAGCCAAAGAAAUACUUGCAGCUUUUUGGAACGAAAGCUCACUCAUUUGACUAGUCAGUACACUGUUGAGCUCUUUGGUCAAUUUGAUGAUAGUCAAAACCGUGAUAAAUUCCAACUGUAACUUGUCUUUGGUUUCGGGGUCUGCGUCCGUUAGCCUUUUGGCUAGAUUCUCAAUAUCGAUUUUUGUGCGGCUUUCUUGCACCAACGACUGUAGAGUCUCCAGAACACCUGUUGAGCUCUGUUGAUCUUUGUUCAGAGCCGAGUUAAACACAUCCUCAAUUGUGUAAAGCUCUGAAAGGUCCGGAUCACUAUCGUGCUCGUCGUCAUGGUCGAUCCUGUGCUCCUGAGACAAUCUCCUAUUUGCUGAUCCCGAGUCGGACGAGAACUCGGACGACGAGAUCGAGCUUGCGUUUGAUCCAAGCUCCAGGCUGAGUUCUGCUGAUAACGGAGACUCGUCCGUGCAUGCAUCUUGAACAAAAUCAGGCGUCAGGUUCAUUUAUGCGGCAAACGUGUAAUUUCUCCCCCUAUUUCGAUGCUGUGUCUUGUCAACAGAGUGUGUGGUCAAUAAC